AUGACGAGCGACAUUCCAUGCCAGACCGCUACCAAGUGGGCAUUGCUGAUAGGCAUCGAUCUUUUCGACGCCGGUAAAAGUCCUUUCAUCAGUAUCCACGAUAGAAAAAUGGAAUUUCUUGAUCUUAAAGGAUGCGUUAGGGAUAUUGACAGGGUCGAGCGUCACCUGCUUUCUGAAAUGGGCGUUGCCAAAAGGAAUAUCAGGAAACUCACAACAGAGGCAUAUUUUCCGUUGAAACAAGACCCAGACACAAGAUGUGGUGAUCCUACAUAUGCCAAUAUCAUUUGCGGCUUGAAUUGGAUUAUCGAAAAUGCAAAGGCUGGUGACUUGGUUUACCUGCAAUAUUCUGGACACGGAGGACAGGCGACAACCGUGUAUCCCGAAUUAAAAGGGGAAGAUGGAAUCGACGAAUGCCUUCUGCCUUCUGACUUAGCUAAGUCUGCCGGGGGCGCUCUUGUUCGUGAUAUUGAGCUGGGGCUCUACAUCAAGAAGAUGCUGGGUAAAAAGCUAGUACUGACGGUCGUCAUGGACUGCUGCCAUUCUGGUAGUAUCACACGGGGCAGCUCGAGGCCAGAUAAUGCUCGCCAAGUUGACAGCAUAUACAAAUCUACCUCCGAUGAUAAGGCCAGAGCUGACCAGGAUCUUGAUAGACUUGGCUUUGAACGUGAUAUUUCAAACCAAGUCUACUCAGGAGACCGAACGAGCCAGCCGUGGCUCCUUGAAAUCCAGGGUUACACGCUCCUGGCGGCCUGCCGUCCUCGCGAGUUUGCCAUGGAGCCUGAGCAGGCUGAUAACAUCCACAGUGGGAAUCUGACUUACUGGUUGCUCGACACCCUUCAAAGUCUCCCUCGGACGCACAAGACACCUGUAUCUACCGAGAUGCUUUUUCAGAGGCUGGGACCCAAGAUACGGAAUGCUUCUAAGGAGCUCCAGAACCCAGUAAUCGGAGGCUCGGUUGACAAAGAGUUCUUCGGGACAGAUAUCCCUCCCCGUGUUCCUGCCAUCACUGUACACAGUGUAGAUGGCGACCGGGAAAACCUGACACUCGACUCGGGCUCUAUCCAUGGCGUGGUUAGAAAUGCCGAGUACAUUAUUUGGUCCCGGACAACCAACGGUGAACUUGUGGAGGUCAGAGUUUUUGAGGUAUCGCCUUCCACUGCAAAGGCAACUACCCUCAAAACUAUGUGCUCAAAAGAGCAAGUGGAUGUCGGAUGUAAGGCUGUUCUUUCCUACGUUCCUCCUGCGGAGAGAUUCGUCGUCCUCCUACCCGAGGAAUCUCAGCACCGGGAUAAACUCGAAAAAGCAUGGAAUGAAUUCCCCGAAGAAAAGCGGCCAGAGUUCAUGUUGAUGGGACAGGCCCCUGAUGAAGACUUUAUGUUCCGUUUAACUAUCGAUGAAACCGAGGUCAAUGUCGUUCUCAAGGACAUGGUGAAUAUGAGGGACCCUCCGUCUAUGCCCUUUGAUGGCAGUAUCAUGUCUGUAGAAAGGCUGGUUUAUCGACUCAGACAUCUGGCCUCGUUCCAACUCAUGAAGACACUGAAAAGCUCGGAUGCCGUUUUACCCAUGCGAAACGCGGUCUCAUUUACCAUUGUUGGGCAAUGCAAAAAACAGGAAGAGGUGAAUAAUCCGUCAAAAUGGGAGAUGGUGCAGUAUGUGGAUGGCAUGUUCGUGGCUACGCAUGGUGCCUUUCUAGUGGUACACGUCAAAAACCUGUCAGACAAGGUCCUCGAUUUCAGCAUUUUCGACCUAAACCCCGCUUUUGGGAUCACAAAGUAUUAUCCAAAGAGUUCCGUGACCGAGAGCUUGGAUCCGAACGGAGAGAAGUUAUUGUGUUUACGGAUGCGGGUGCCUGAAGCAUUUCAUAAGGAGAAUUCAAUCUUCGAUACUUUCAAGCUCUUUUUUGCGCCGCGAUCUAUCUCCCUAGAAAGAUUCACAUUGGAAGACCUCCAGAGUGCAGAAACAGGUGCCACAAGAGGUGGCAAAAAUCCUCUUGACACUCUAAAGAGUCUAGUGAAUAAAUUGAGACGACCAGAAAGACACGGCGAUGACCCGUCCGACGACCAUGUCGAGGAAUGGGGUGUGGAGAAGCUUGAUAUUCGCACUCUCUGGAAGGAGCGGGAGACUUUUGGCAACGAGGCACUGUCGUUUGAUCAGUGGCGCUUGGCUCUACAGCACCACGAAAAGUACAGGGAGUCAUCUGUCAGGGCAGAUUUGGAGAAGGCUAUAAAGUGCGCAGAAAGGUCCAUCAAGUCCAUACCACCAUACAAUCAGGCUAUCAAUCUCAGCACCCUCGGUAAAUGGUGGAAUGAGAGUUUCGAUGACAGUGGGAAUCCGCAAGAUAUCAACGAGGGUAUUUCCUGCUGCCAGAUGGCUGUCAGGCUGUCAUUAACGACACAUCAUAACCACCCCAAAAUACUCGAUUGUCUCGCACAGAGACUGGUUGCGCGAUUUAAGGCCCUUCUUAAUGAAGAGGACCUAGAUUCUGCAAUCUCUCUAGGAUCAGAGGCAGUGGGAUUGGUCAAGAAAGAGCAUGCUUCUCGCAAACAGCAUCCAGACUUUGCCCUUGUCAUUCAGGGUCAAAUUCAGAGACAGUACCAACAGUUCCUCAUGUUCUCAAAUGGGAACGCCCUCACGGGGGUAAUAAAAUUAUACGAAUACCUUGUGGAUGGGACUGGCAACAACAGCCCAUACCGCCCCGGAAGGCUCUGCAACUUGGCAGGUAAAUUGGGUGAAAGAUAUAAACAACAUCACGAGGAGCGGGAUCUGACGGAAUGCAUCAAAAUCGAUCAAAGGGCGCUUCGUGCCUUAGAGGAACUGAGUGAACGGGGUGUGUCUACAGUUCCAGGCACCCGAGGUAAUAUUCUGAGCAGAUACAGCCUACAUUUAUCUUGGGUGUUUGAGAGAAAUGGAUUGAAGCCCGAUCUGUGCAAUUCGAUAAAGCAGGCCCGUGAUGCCGUGGAAGCUGCCGAGGGAGACCUGCAAAGGGCAAAACUCUUGGGAAAUCUCGCAAACAGGCUCUUAACCGGCUAUGAAGUGUAUGGGUCAUGUGAAAGCUUGGACGAGGCGGUUUCCAAAGCCGAGAAGGCCCUUCUCAUUAUGGAACAAACUCAGAAGAAGUCUAAGGUCGAUCACGUACACAUCCUUCACACCCUUGGGAAUGCGUUGAUAGCAAAGCAUGAACAGUCUCAUGAAGAAGCUAGACUCGAUGGUGCGAUAAAGUAUUUUCGGGAGGCUGUCGAACUCAUGCCUUCGGAGCCGUUCCUGCAGGUUUUGACCCAGAACGGCCUGGCCUCGGGUCUAUUUCACAAGUACGAACGAACUGGUGAGAUAACUUGUCUCAAAGAAGCAAUCGACUCGAAUGAGAAAGCAUUGGACGCCGUUGUCAAUGACCCUACUGGAAAGGCCAAGGUUUUGAAUAAUCUUGCAACCCAAUACCACAGCCUUUUCAUGAACAGCAAAAAGCCUGAAAACUUGGAAAAAGCUAUAGCUCAUGGCAGGAAAGCUCUGGAAGCUUCAGUUUUGACUUACGAUCGGAUGAUACACAGUAUAAACCUUGCAAACUAUCUCGAGACAAGAUUCGACUUAUUUGGAAGGAAUUCAGAUAUCAACGAUGCGGUCACAGAAGCAGAAGGGAGCUAUGUACUCCUAAGCCAGAUGCCUGACACACCCAUGCGAGCUAGAAUUGUGUAUUUGUAUGCGCUCAAACUUCGCAAGAAGUCCAAGGCCAACGUUAACCAAGAGCCAUCUGAUUUGGCAAACACAAUACUCCGUGAUGCACUUCUCUCAAGCCACUCCCCCGCUCGAGAACUAAUACAAUGCGCUUUGCUUCAUGCCAACAUCAUGAUGUCAAAGGGAAAUGACAAAGAGGUCUAUGCUAUCUGUCAGAUUAUCAUGGGCCUAAUACCUUCUCUCGUAGCUUCUUCGAGCUGCCAAAAAGAUCAACAAGACGAGCUGGUGGAGUUUGAAGGCGUUGCCCGUAAAGCAGCAGCUAUAGCGCUCGAUAUGAACGAAGGUCCGGUCAACGCAUUGAGACUCUUGCAGGCUGGUCGUGGUGUGAUUGCCAAUCAGCUGCUGACAUCACGAGAUGAUAGGCUCUGGGUCCAUGAUUUUCUCAGCACACCCGGUGAAUGCCACACCCCCGAUCUACAACUGAAAGCAUGCAUGGCCUCGACUCAAAAUUAUGUUGAGGUUGCAAAUGCGUCGGAAGAUCCACGUGCGAAAUACAAGCCAUAUCUCAGUUGUGAGUUGAGGAACUUCUUGGACAGCAACCCAUCAGGAACCAUCGUCCUCAUCAAUGUCUCGUUUCGCUGUGAUGCAUUUCUUCUCGACAAAAAUGGCCUCGAUCAAGUACAUUUAAAGGGAGUUAAUGAAGAGGAGGUACAACAACAAGCUUCCUUGAUUGCAUCCGGUUCCCCGGGAAAGCAGGUGAUGCUCAACAUGCUGAAAUGGCUUUGGGAUUUUGUCGCAAGUCCUAUUCUGGAGAGACUUGGGCAUGGAGGUCCCGUUAACCAUGACUUGCCCCGGGUUUGGUGGAUUCCAACUGGAAAGCUCGCCCAUCUUCCGAUUCAUGCCGCAGGCGAUUACCACUCUGGCAAUUUUGUAUUGAACAGGGUGUCCUCAUCCUACAGUCCAACCCUCAAAUCGCUGCUAUUUGCCUAUGCCAGUCGAAAGGAUAACACACGAUUUCAAACCAACCUUCCUGCUCAGAAGGAAGGCACACCUUCAUCGGGCAACGAUUCUGAGCCAAAGGCAGUCAUCGUGUAUAUGCGAGAAACCCCAAGAAAGUCUCCUUUGGAUCAUGUAGAGAGUGAGGCCCGGGCGGUCUAUGACAAUCUUCCGCAAUCCAGCAAAAGGCUUCUUCCCGAGCCAUCGAAAGAAACAGUCCUCAAAAGCCUAGAAGGAUGUGAUAUCUUUCAUUUUGCAGGCCAUGGUGAGGCAGACAAGUCCGAUCCAUCCAAAAGCCGUCUACUGCUCUCCAACGGCCCGAUCCGCGUUCUCGACAUCCUGCAAAGAGUCCCUGGUAAGCCUACAAAUGCGUUCUUAAGCUACCUCUCCGCCUGCUCAUCCGGGAGCAACGUGGUGAAUGGCUUAGACGAAGAAGGUCUCCAUGUAAUGGGGGCUUUUAUUCUGGCUGGAUUUCGUCACGUCAUAGGAUCCUUGUGGCCUGUGUCGGACAGCCAUUGCGUGGAUGUCGCCAAGGCUGUUUAUUCACGUAUUGUGGAGGCAAAUAUGACCGACGAUUCGGUUUCCCAGGCGCUGCACCAAGCCAUCUGUCACCUCUCUCACCCAGGGGCAUCUAACCAGCCUGGUGAUCAACCGCAGGUAAAAGGUGCUGGACUUCUGGCGGAGAAUCCCUACAUUUGGGCUGCGUUUGUUCACAUGGGUGUCUGAUGUGUAUGCAACGUAUUUUGUAAGGUGUUGUAAAACUGCUCAUCAGGUUGAUCGUCGCGAUCUGCGCGGGUGUCUUUUUCUUUUAUUAUUUUUUCCCUUCACACUUUCAAAUUGUCCCUUGAUUUAUUUUGAUUUCUGGAAUUUUUUAAUUGUUG